AUGUCCUGUAGAUGGUACAAAUAUCUGCACAUGAUCUUGUCCCCAACAUCAGACAGAGGGACAGUCAAAGGAGUUGCUCACAAACAGAACUUCUUGAAGAUGAAGACGUUCAGUGUAGCAGUUGCUGUGGCCAUCACGCUGACAUUUAUUUGUGUUCAGGAGAGCUCUGCUGCUCCUCUACCUCAGGGAUUUGAGUGGCCACCACCUCAGUUACCUUCCUUUGACUUUGGCAUUCGAGAACCAGAGCCUUCCUUCUCUGACAAGAUAAUGGAUCGUAUCAACAACCAUGAUACACCCUGUGGCCCAUAUGUUGGUGGUGGGGGUAUUGGCAUAAGAUGCCGAUGGUGAAGAUUCCUGCUGCAACAAAGAUCACAUUUUGUCUUUAAGCAAAUGUCACCAAUGAUGUAGCGUAAUCAAGUUUCCUUUUUGGAUUCUGUCAUUAAUGUGAUAAUAUUUUCUGUCAUUUUGUGGCAAUAAAGCACAAAUAAGAAUGAAGAUCAGCAAAUAUUAAA